AUGCUGCCUCACUGGAGUAUCCGCGCCUACGUCCCGAAGCAUGUCAACCGGAGACAGCAUUGUCAAAGUGCUUUCGCCGACAAGAACACCGAGUUCAUCGAUGUGGCGACCGAGCAGGAGGCUGUUGACCUCGAGGCGGCUAACAAGGACCCGUUCUUAGUCUUAGAAGAGGACCACUUUAUCGUCCACAACUCACCCGAAGGAACAGCCAAGUGCAGCUACUGGUCCAGGAACUGUAUUACUCAGCUGGUUCACCCAAGCUAUGAGGGCCUCUGGAAUAGAUACACUCGCGAACAGGAUGGAUUGAAGACAGCUACAAACCCGGCAGUUGUCUAUUUCGUCCCGACCAGUUCUUCCAUUGAUCCCCCUAGUGAGCCAGUUGAAAUCAGCAGCGUUCUGGUUUACUACGACAAUAUCGAUCUUGGGGAUUUCGUGCAGACCGUUAAAAGGAUGGUCAGCUGUUUCCAAGGGUUGUUUGUCGUGGCAUAUGACAACAAGUUCAAGUGUGUUGAGGUGGAGGAUACCGACAACAGCAUCGAUAUUUCAAAGAAUCCAGCGUGUAUUGGAAGGCGCAUUGAGGAGGCGCGUUUUCUGAAGGAGCAUGGUCUCAUGCGUCUACCUGACGGACAGUUUAGACUCAAAGACUAUCUCGGUAACGAAGUUGACAUGACAGCUGGCUUUCUAAUGAUGUACCCAGGUGAUGACUCGAUCUUUACCAGCGAGACAAUCGACGACAUUGUCUAUCUCAAGUUCGAUAACCAGUAUCUCUACUGCCAGGAAGGUAGUGAUUUUGCGAUAGAACUUACACGAGAGCUCCCAGAGAAGAAAGAGCGGCUGCAUUUGCAGCACAACGGCAGAGCGCUGAUCCUGGCCCGCUGGGAUAUGUCUGGAUAUGCCUGA